AUGCCCAGGAAACGAAAAACCCGCGCCACCGAAGCUCCUGAGGAGCCCGAAGUCGUGCCGCAAACCGAGCCCGAGGCCGAGCCCGAGCCCGAACAGCGCCAACCAGACGAAACCAUGGAAGUCGAAGGCCAGGGAGCGGGAGACGAAGCCGUGAAGGAGGAGGAAGAAGAAGAAGAAGAAGAAGAGCCGGAAGAAGAGAGAGACGGCAAUGAGGAACAGCCGGACAACGUGCAGAUGAAUGAAAACGAAGCCAUCGCCGACCAGGCGAGUGAUGAGCAAGCGACUGAAAUUACUGAAAAGCCUUCUGAUGUCUCGGAGAAUGGCGAGGGACAGAAGGAAGAGAAAGAGGAGGAGGAUGACUUGGAGGAGGAGCCGCUCGAGAAGCUUCUCGAACCUUUCUCCAAGGACCAGCUGACUCUUCUGAUCAAAGAGGCGGUGGCCAAACACCCGGAUGUAAUUGAGAGCGUGAACAGAUUAGCCGACGCAGACCCCUCCCACUGCAAGAUAUUUGUUCACGGGCUCGGCUGGGAGGCCAGUGCUGAGACCAUCACAUCUGCCUUUGCCCAGUAUGGCGAGAUAGAGGACUGUAAGGUGGUCAAGGACAAAAUCUCAGGGAAAUCAAAGGGCUAUGGCUUUAUCCUGUUCAAGCACCGUCAUGGGGCCCGCCGCGCCCUGAAGCAGCCUCAGAAGGUGAUUGAUGGUCGCCUGACCUCAUGCCAGCUGGCAGCGGCUGGGGCCGUUCCUGGUCCAGCUGCUGUCUCGGGUCCGCCUGCCUCUGAAUACACUCAGCGGAAGAUCUACGUGAGCAACGUGUCAGCCGAGCUUGAUCCUAAUAAGCUUCUGGAAUUCUUCACCAAAUUUGGGGAGAUUGAAGAAGGGCCUCUGGGUUUGGAUAAACACACUGGGAAACCCAGAGGUUUCUGUCUUUUUGUGUAUAAGAACCUGGAAAGCGCAAGGAAGGCUCUGGAGGAGCCACACAAGACUUUUGAGGGGCAGACUCUUCAUUGCCAGAGGGCGGUGGAUGGCCCCAAGCACAGUAAGGGUAACGUCAGCCAGCAGUUUGGUCAGCCUUAUAAGCAGCAACACAACCAGCAGCAACAUAACCAAGGCCACCAUCAGGGGUAUUAUGGUCAUCCGUCGAAGAAGGGGAAAUAUGGUGGGGCCAGUGGUGUGGGCCACACAGGGGGACACUUGAUGGCGCCCAGUGGAGGACCGGGUGUUCCAGCCGCGGGCUUUAAUCAAGUGGUUGCCCCUGAGGCUAUUGGACAGGCUGUAGCAGCUUUGUUGGCCACUCAGGGGGCAGGCUUGGGUAUUGGAAACUUGCUUGGAGGGAUUGGAGCUGGGGUCAAUCCACAGGGAGCCCCACCACCUAUGAUGAACAAUGCAGGUUAUGGAGGUCAGGCUGGUGCUGGUGGCUAUGGGGGUCAACCUGGUUUUCAGGGAGGUUAUGGUGGCCAGCAGCAUAUGGGUCAAGGUGGUUAUAGGCCACAUCAGGGUGGUGCACCCUACAUGGGUCAAGGUCACUAG